AUGUCAAAGGCCUUGCUGAAGUCAAGGGCGCCUGCUGAGGCUUCCCACACUUCCAGGGCGCCUGUUGAGGCCUCCCACACUUCCAGGGCGCCUGCUGAGGCUUCCCACACUUCCAGGGCGCCUGUUGAGGCCUCCCACACUUCCAGGGCGCCUGCUGAGGCUUCCCACACUUCCAGGGCGCCUGUUGAGGCCUCCCACACUUCCAGGGCGCCUGUUGAGGCUUCCCACACUUUCAGGGCGCCUGUUGAGGCCUCCCACACUUCCAGGGCGCCUGUUGAGGCCUCCCACACUUCCAGGGCGCCUGUUGAGGCUUCCCACACUUCCAGGGCGCCUGUUGAGGCCUCCCACACUUCCAGGGCGCCUGUUGAGGCCUCCCACACUUCCAGGGCGCCUGUUGAGGCUUCCCACACUUCCAGGGCGCCUGUUGAGGCCUCCCACACUUCCAGGGCGCCUGUUGAGGCUUCCCACACUUCCAGGGCGCCUGUUGAGGCUUCCCACACUUCCAGGGCGCCUGUUGAGGCCUCCCACACUUCCAGGGCGCCUGUUGAGGCUUCCCACACUUCCAGGGCGCCUGUUGAGGCCUCCCACACUUCCAGGGCGCCUGUUGAGGCUUCCCACACUUCCAGGGCGCCUGCUGAAGCCUCCCACACUUCCAGGGCGCCUGCUAAGGCCUCUCACACUUCCAGGGCGCCUGCUAAGGCCUCUCACACUUCCAGGGCGCCUGCUAAGGCCUCUCACACUUCCAGGGCGCCUUAG